AUGUCUGGAAGUCACGACAACGAUGAUGAUGAUGAUGGUGAAGAUGACGAUACUAGCAUACCGAACAACCAACAGACAAAUGCGCAACAUAAUGAAUUCAAUCCAAUUUUGCAAAUAUUCAACGUUGUUUCAAAUAUUCUUUUGAAAUCAGCUGCGAGCGCUGCACAAAAGUCUGGUACACAACUAAUUGGUUUCGAUCGUAAUGAAGAGCUUAAGGGCGACAAUGGAAGCAUCGACGAUAAUGAUGAUGGCUGGGAAAGUGCUUAUGCACAAACAAAUGCCACAACGGAACGAGCCUUGGAAGAGGGUCGACAAUCUUACAUUAAGGGCGAUCCACUCAACGGUUAUUAUGAUUUUGUAAUUACCGAAGGCUCUUAUAAAUUUUGGGUUAUUUUCCAGCUUGGAACAGCAGCACUUUUAAUUUAUUCAUGUUUAGCCGCAAUCUACUAUUCCAAAGUUAAUCCACUGACAUCAGACUACGAUUAUGUUGAGUAUCUGAGUCGAUCAUUUAAUGGUAGAUCGAUGUCUGAUGACACUGCUGAUGUUGAAGACGAUGUUGAGACAUCGAUAGAACCAGGACGAACUUAUUUAUCAUCACUUGCAAAUAAUAAAUGGUUUCAAGCAGCAUCUUAUGGGUUCCAAUUUGCAAUGGAUGCAAUUGAUAAGAUACCGCAAUGA